AUGUUUGAAGGGUUUAGCGUGCCGCCCUUGACGGUCGACAGCGAGAGGAACGCCAUGUACAAGCAACUGCAGUGCAGGCCAGUUGCUGUACGUGACGUUCCUCUCGCUGACGAGGAGUUGGUCCUGGACGCCCUCGGCGACUUCUGCAGGCCCAAGCGGACACCGGUGGGUGAUCCUUCACAUGUUGCGGCAACGGCUUUCACCACGGCCUAUUUGGAGUGGGUACACGACAUGGAAGUUCAAGGCCGUAGACGUUUUGCUUGUCGUUGCGAGUACCCUUCGCUCUGGGAAACUUUGGAAGUGAGAGAACUUUUGGAAGAAAAGCUUCACCAGGCCAACGCCUUGCAGCUCGAAGAGGGGGGCACUGGUGACCCCCCUCGAGCUACCGUCGCUAUGUAUUCGUCUUUGCUUGCGCAGAGGCGCGUCGCCAAUUUGGAAGGCCUUGCCCGUGCUCGCCAGGCUCGCCCCAAGAAACGCCGGGAUACUGAUGCCUAUUUGCAGGAAGAAUUUGUUCAGCGAAUCCGAUGUCUCGGCGAGGGAGAAGAUGGUGAAGUGGACGCUGAACAUGUUAGUGACGAUGAUGACAUGCGUGGUGCUGCCCAGACUUGCACGGAAGUCUUUCAGCCGAUCACCUAUCGUGCUUCGACGGAAGAGUUGAAGAAGCUUUUGUUCUUUGAGUUCCAAGGUCGCAAAAAUCACUAUACCAAAGAAUUUUUGAAAGAGACCUGGAUGAAGAGAGAUGUUCUUGGUUCAGAGCUUGCAUCUUCCCCUGCGUGCGAUCGAGUACCACUCCCACCCAUGUGUCAGGAGGUUGGCAAUUUGAGCAGCGAUCAGCGGGCUGAUCUACUCGGUGGGAUUCGUGCCUCGCAAGGCAAGCAAGAUGACCCGAAGACGACAGAGGAAGAGACCAAGAGAGAAGACGUGGCUGCUGCCUUUGUGCGAAAGAUUUUGCCUCGACUGCCGGCAGAUUGUGCGCGGUUUCAAGAUCAGAAGUUGUAUGAGAAACCUUCUCACUUGGUUCUUGCAAUGAUGACAGCUUUGCCUGCUGAUCGACAGUUGAACGAAGACCAGACUUUAUUCAUGUUGCGUUUUGCUGAUGUUUUGGACAAGGUCUAUGACGAGGAGCAGCGCAAGCCGCCAGAAAACAGAGGCGUUUAUCAUAUACUGUUACUCGGUCAGGGUGGAGAAGAAGACAGUAUGAUGGUCGUAGCCGCCAAAAAUGCACAAGCAAUGAACAUUUCGACUGAUCAGGUCGCUGCCAAGACGCUGCAUGCUGCCAGUUGCAUGCGUGUACAAAGUCUUUCAAACGGCAACAUGACUGCAGGAACUGCCGAGAAACGUUUGAAGACUUUGUGGAACAGCAUCCGAGUCUUGAUCAUCGAGGAGAUCAGCAUGGUUUCGGCUAUGAUGUACAACAUGCUAGACUUUCGAGCUAUGUUGGGUCGUCGUGUGGCUUGGCAUGUCGAUCCCCAUACAUACUCCAAAGUCGGCUGUGCUUUUGGUCGCGUUCCUAUCGUGUUGCAUCUCGGUGACUUCUUUCAGCUUCGGCCUACCGCACAGUUGUCUUUGCUGGAUGACUUGGAUGCAAAGAAUGCCGAUGGCGAGCUCAAGUACGAGGCAGUGGCGCCUGAAGUACAGCACGCGCAAGAAGUGUUUGCAAACAUCCCCGAUGUUUUCGAGCUGCGAGGGACCAUGAGGUUCAAGUCUGGCGAUCCUUUGAUCGACCUACUGCAGUGCAUGCGACAGGGGAAGAAGUUGCCAACGCCUCUUUGGCGGAAAUUCCAAGACAAGUUUCGCUACGGAUUUUGCAUGUCCAUCUAUUGGAGUUCUUUGGCGCGCAUGUUGUCGCAUCGCGCUGUUCUCGAUGCUAAAGAGUUACAGGUUCCGUUGGUCAUGCUGCAAGCUGCCGAUGAAUGUUGUGACCUCAAACAAGACGCAGCUUUUCGCUUUCUGAACAUGACUAAUCCCAACAAGACAGGACACAUGCACGGCAUGUUUCCUUGUCAUAUCGGCAUGGACAUACGCUUUCUAGCAAAGCUCGACGGUGAUGCAGGUAUGGUCCAAGAUACCCAGGCUAAGAUCAUCGAUUUUGAGUUUCACAGUCUUGACAGAGAAGCUUACCGCCAAACCGCCCCUGGUGAAAUGUUUUAUCCUCGCUUUCUACCUUCCGGUUUGUGGGUCUCUGUAAAAGGGUAUUCAGGCUGCCCGGAUUGGGAAGCACUUCAAGAGAUGUGUCGUAAGCAUGUUCAGACAGAUGAAGAGGCUUGCAAGCUGGCGAAAAGUUUUUGGUUCUUACCCGCAGUUGAAGUGAAAGUCCUCUUUCCCAGCACGCAGAAGCACGAAGUUCGCCGUUGUGGUUUUCAAGUGACACAUGCCCAGUGUUUGACCAGCACUGCUUCGCAAGGCUUGACCCUGCGCACAGGCACGAUCGUUGAUUGUGCGCGCUUGCCCGAGUUAGAUGACGACAAUUGGUGGCUCCACUUGUAUGUCAUGUUCUCCAGAGUCACAUCUCUCGAUGAUCUACUUCUUUUGCGCCCACCUCCUCGCGAGAUUUUGGAACGGGGCCCUCCUGAGUCCAUUGUCGCUCGUGUGGCAGAAUUCCAAAAGAGAGCAGAACGAUGCCGAGAUGGCGCUCUGCGUCUACGUGAGCAAUGGGAUGUUCAUGUUGGACGCAGAUGA